GAGCCAAAGAGAGGCGGAGAGAGAAGCAGCAGCAGCAGCAGCAGCAGAGUCUGGCGAGAGAAGAAGGAAAAGAGGGGCAAGAGAAGAAAGAAGAAGCGGGAACCGAGCCCCAGAGAGACCGGGGCCAGCCAAAGGCCUACCAACCCAAGGCAACCCAAGACUGAUUCUUAUUAGGCUUUGCUGUCCCAAACUGACUGUCAGGCCUUCUUAAGUAGCCAGAGUUUGCUCCUUCGGGAAAGAAGCUCCUCCAGGACCACACCCUGCUGUUUUGGAAGAGACCUUCAAAGGGUCCCACGCAGGGCACCGGAAAAGAAUAAGGGACAGUUGUGAAGAAAGGUUGCAUCCUUCCCAUCACAAGAAGAGGUGCUGGGAAGAGACCUUCAACGGGCAACAACGUCCCACUUGCUGCAUUUUUUUUCAAAAAAGGACAAUUGUGAAGUCAGGUUAGACCUUUGUCGUCUGAGCAGCCCCAAAGACAAGUGGCUUGGAGCAACAGCUGACUUCUUUAACCAAGCAGGAUGACUGAGAACUCGUCCGCAGCCCCGGCUUCCAAGCCCAAGAGGGCCUCAGCGGUCAAGAAGUCCACGGACCACCCCAAGUAUUCCGACAUGAUCGUGGCCGCCAUCCAGGCCGAGAAGAGCCGGGCAGGUUCCUCUCGCCAGUCCAUCCAGAAGUACAUCAAGAGCCACUACAAGGUGGGGGAGAACGCCGACUCGCAGAUCAAGCUGUCCAUCAAGAGGCUGGUGACCACAGGCGUCCUGAAGCAGACCAAAGGGGUCGGGGCCUCGGGCUCCUUCCGCCUGGCCAAAGGCGACGAGCCCAAGAAAGCGCCGGUCAAGAAGGCCAAGAAGGAGGUCAAGAAGGCUGUGACGCCCAAGAAGGCAGCCAAGCCCAAGAAGGCACCUGCCAAGUUGCCAGCCAAGAAGGCCAAACCCGCACCGAAGAAAGCCAAAAAGAAGCCGGCCCCGGCUCCAAAGAAGGCCAAGAAGCCAAAGACUGUCAAGGCCAAGCCGGUGAAGGCAUCGAAGCCAAAAAAGGCAAAGGCGUCCAAACCCAAAGCAAAGUCCAGCGCAAAGAAGUCAGCCAAGAAAAAGUGAGGUGCAAGCUUGGGACCUUCUUUCUUUGGACAUUCUUCUUGACCUCUGCUAUGUAAAUAGAUUUCUCCUUUAUUCCCCACUUCUUUCUACUGCAGCUUUAUAAAGACUGGACUAUUCUCCUAUAAUAGUUUACUGGAAAAACAACCCCCCAUCAAUAUAGAAAGCCUUUUUGGGGGAUUUGAAUCUCCCCCAUACAUAACAUGUAAUUUCAAAUGUAUUUUUGUGUGUGUGUUCAUCUUUGCCUCCUUGCCUCAUGAAAGGUAUGCAAUACUUGUUUGUGUUUUGAGCAUGAGGGGAAGACACAAUCAGAUCUGGAUGUUCUUGAAUGUUCCUACUGCUUGGUGUGGUUUUGUGGGGUGGAUGCCUAAGAAAGGGACGUGGUUUGGGUCCACUUUUAAAGAAACCCUUUAAAUUAUGUGUUUGAGAAGCAUUAUUGUGUUGGAAGCUUGCAACUGAUUUUUUUUAAAUCUAAAAUGCAACUUAAGCCUUUUUUAGGUGAAUAAGAUGCCAGUGUAACAAAAUGCUUUUCUGUCCCUAGUCGGGGCUCAAUGGCCGGAGGCUGAGAAGCUUUCCACUGACUUUGCUGUUUCGGAGAACUGAACUGUUAUUGGGAUUUGGAGUAAAAAUGGGAUCACAGAAAAUUCUGCAAAUAUUUGGCUUGUUCUGUUUUAAUGUCUAGGUUGACUGUGGUGAAUUCGAGCUAGAGUGAAGGUUUUAAUUUCCUUUGUCUUCCCAACAAAAUUUUAAAAACAGACAUUUCUCCUCCUGAGCCCAAUCACUGUCUCAACCCUGACAACUUCAAGGAAGGCGUAGCAAAAACCGUCCUUUCUCUGCCGUCCAGUGUUUCUCAGCCCUGCAGUGCCUGCUUCCUAAUCCACAGCUUUUCUGUUCAUUCCCCACAUUGUAUUAUUUUUCCAUAGGAAUCUACUUUUUCAAUUGCCAGUCUCUUGAACACGUGAAGGAGGAAGGAACAAAUGUAAAUGAUAAUGGACAUGUAGCCAAUAUUGACUCUUAAGGUAGCUUUAUAAAGCUGUGUAUUAUUAUUGCUUAUGUUUGGGGUGAGGUGUGUUUUUUUUUCUCCACUGAGGGAUGGAAAGGAUAAUUUCCAGUACUCCAGUUUUAAAACAAAAUAAGGGAUGCUUGUGGCUGAAACAAAGGAAAAUUCUCAUAGGAUUGAUACCUGAUUGUCCAUUUUAUUUUGUAUGUGUAAUUUUGUGCAAGAAGGAUUUAGCAGUCUUUGUAAUUUUAGGGUUUAAAAUAAAAUUUAAAAGAGCA